AUGAUUGCACACUUUUGAUAAGUUUGAAAAUACCCAUUUCACUCCUUAUUUCAAUUCCGAACAUGCGACAUAUUUUAAUCGGAAAAAAAUACAAAGUUCAAUAAAAUUUGUAUAAAAAACAGGCUUAUGUCUAGAAGAUAAUAUAUCAGAUAUAUAUUUGUAUCAACGCCUGCGUAGUGUAAUAUCUUUGAAGGCAUGUGUUCCUAGUAUUACAAAAUGUUUGAAUAUUAAAACAUCGAACAUUGUAUAGUUAUGAGAUUGUAAUUAAAGUGACAACACUUGCAAUUGUGGCAAUGGCUGAUCAGGAUGCGAAUAAUAAUAACCUUCCAUUAAGGGAAAAUUUAGUAAAAACUGCUGUGGAGUUUUUAAAAAAUCCUAAAGUAUCGGGUAGUCCUAUAAGUCCUAAAAGGGAAUUUCUUAAAAAGAAGGGUUUAACAGAGGAUGAAAUUAACAAAGCCUUUAAAUUAGCCUCUGUUGAUGCCACGGUUGAUCAAGAUGUUGUUCAUAAUUCAAGUGAUUAUACUGUUGUUCCAAUUCCACCGCGUCAAGUCUAUCCAUAUUUACAAACAUAUCCAUAUCAAUUAACUCCUUUCCAAAAAAUUAAAGAAUUCUUUAACACUGCUGCUUUAAUUGGAGCUACUGUAUAUUGUGUUUAUUGGUUUUAUAAGAAAUUUAUUAAACCACUUUUAUUUGGGAGAAAAAAGAAAGAUAGUAUACAAGAUUCAGUCAAUGAAUUAGAUAAGACAAUUCAAAAUUCUAUGAAAGAUGUAAAACAGUCUAUUUCAAAAGUUGAGGAUGAUGUGCAAAAGUUGACACAGAGUCAUUCAAUUGACCCAAUAAUACCACAGUUGGUACAAGAACUGAAACAAGAUUUAGCUAGUCUCAAAUCCUUACUUUUAUCAAGAAAACAAUUUCCAAGUGCACCGGCAUCUGUACCGUCUAUAUCUAUUCCAUCAUGGCAAUUAGAUGCUGCAGGUACAAAUCAAGAUAAACCAAGUGAACGAGAAGAUGAUGCUGGAAGUGGAAGUAGUACUAAUAACUCAGAUAGUUCUCUGGAAAUGAUUCGCGAGGAUCCUAAGGUGUAAAUUAAAAAUACUACAAACAUUCACUUCCAUCAUAAAAAUCUUCGAUAUGCAGAAUAUUCUGUGAUGUUUAUUCAAAGAAAUAUAUCAAUUAUAUUCUGAUCAUAUGUAAUAUAUAUAAAUAUAUAUAUAUAUAUAUAUUAAAGUCGAUGUUCUCAGGCUUAAUUUAAGCUUAAACUUGUCCAGCAUUAUUUUAACUUUGUACUGUAAAAUCGAAUUAAAAUCAUUUUUAUUCUUACAAAUGGUACUGAAGGUUAUUUAUAAAACGAAACGAUACAUGUAAGGCAUUACUUUUUACGUAAUAUUAAAUGUUAUAAACGGUGGUUGUUA